CACAACAACCAGCACAAGCACCUACUUUUAAUAAUUUUAUGUUUGACAUUUCAAAUAAUAUCCGUAUUAUUUUAUGGAAAUACUCAAACACUUUCAGCUUUGCCUAUCUUUGAAUUAAUGUUUGUUUUUAAUUUUAAUUAUUAAUAUGUCACGUGAAAUUCAGUGGCGACGUAAAUGGCACCCCGAUUUAAAAGCUUGUCCCUGGCAAGCCUUAGAAGCCGGGGGACAAAACUUUUUAGUGAAAACCAAAUUUUCAAAUGAUUCUUGUGAAAUUAUGAUCACUGAUCUUGUAUCAUUUUGGUAUGAACACCUACCAGAAACAACACUCAGAAAGAGAAUCCAGGAACUCAACCCAAGUGUUGAAGCUCCAUUGACAAAGAUUCUUGAUCAUAUCAAACUGACUGUGGAACGUCCCCCAAGGGGGACAACUCAUAUAACAGAACAUACACCAGGGGGAGACCACCGGGAAGGAGAAGGACCAAGAUUUCUUCUCAGGAUUGGUUCUCAGCUGGCUGGAAUGCCGUUUACCUGGAAUUUUGUUUGUCGCCCUGUUACAGACUUAGUGGCGUCUGAUCACCUGACGAAACCCUUGAUGACAAUGGUGUCUGAGUUGACCAGGAGACAGGCUGAGCUGGAAAAGAUCAUCUUGCUGAAAGACACGGAAAUCGAGGACUAUAUAAGUCAAGGCGCCCGUCCGUCCAGAAAACAUUAUAAAACAGUCCCCUACGAUGAAGUAGCCUUUUUCAAUUCCAUGCUCGACUCAAAGGACUUUGAAGAACAAGUAAAAAAGAUGGGAGAAGUAGCGUUUAAUGACGCCAACCGGGAACUCUAUCGACACAUAAUGACAAAACACGCCUGGCUUAACUGGUCCCCUACAAAAGGUAAAGCACCUCAAAGUCUGGAUGAUGAUGAAAGUCUAAACGCCGGCGUCAAUACAGGAUCAAGCAUUCCGUCUUGGACUAACCGUAUCCCUCCAUCAGUGAUCUCCAGUGGAGAAUCGUCUCCCGCAAGCAGUCCCACGAAAAGUCCUUCUAAGAGUCCUGUUUCAGCUGGUUCAAGGACUCCAGACGACAGUCCUGUUAAGAAUGUGGAACUAAUAAGACGACAAGCCUUGGAGAGGCGUUUAGAACAAGAUGCGAAGAAGCAAGAAAAACCGAAAAAGAAGAAGAAAAUGGCAUUUUGAUGAUGCUUCUUCAAUAAUACAUUUAAUAUUUACAAACCAUUAUUAGUUAUCAAACUUUUUACAUGCAUACAGCACAAUCUUUUCUUCCCCUAAAUACAUUUUGACAUCAUAAACAUUGCUUCACUAUAGGCAGUUAAUUGUAUGUCAGAAUAGUUUCCAUAGUGGAAGUCAUGUCAACAACUAACUUACGUCAUCAGCGAUACGUACAUCACAGCUAUGACACAAUGCUGCCUCUUGUUCUCAACUUGCCAACUUAAUUUCAACAACAGUAUCGUUCGAAAAUCUUCCAUAAAAUGAUAAAUAUUCAAAAUGGAUAAUAGUCAGAAUAUCCAACUCGCUAUUCGGAAAGGACAACAUCAGUUCACUCGUGCAAGAUAAACGGUAUUGCUGAGUAGCGAGUUAAGUAUUCUCUACAUGCUUUAGGGGUUAGGUGUAUCAUAAGAUGCUUUAUAUGCUUUUCAAAACAAUUGUUUUAUUUUUAUUUAUUUAGUAUUUUUUACCGAACAAAAAGCAAACAUAAAUACAUAUUAACAAAAAUCCAGUAAUAAUGUUCAAAUGAUGCCAUAAUGGUGAAGGUGGGUGGGGUUAAUAAGUUAUGUAAUUUUAGAGGUGGUGUGGUCUUAGGAUUACAUAAUGUUAUAUGGGGGAUGGCGUAUUAAAAAUGUUACAUUUUGCAUUACAUAACUAUUGAAUGGCCGCUUGUUGAUUUUCUGAUGAACUUUGUGACAUAUCAGAGGCCGUGGUAUGUACUAUCCUGUCUGUGGGAUGGUGCAUAUAGAAGAUCCCUUGCUACUAAUGGAAAAAUGUAGUGGGUUUCCUCGCUUAGACUAUAUGUAAAAAUUAUCAAAUGUUUGACAUCCAAUAGCCAAUGAUUAAUAAAUCAAUGUGCUCUAGUGGUGUUGUUAAACAAAAUAAACUUAAAACUUUGUGACAAAUAUAUCAUGGUCGACAUAACCUUUUGUGUUUCAUACCGUUUUUGGUUUCACAUAAAAUUAUUUAUCAAACUGAUUAAUGACAAACACUGGGAUAACCAGUAGCACAUAAUGUGACAUCAGACUUUACAUAAACUGUAAAAGAGCUGUAAUGUUUUCUAAACUAUAUUACUCAACAAAGAGUGGCAACUUUAAACCACAAGUGAACUUGUAUACAUGUACGUACUGCAAAACGGGUAUUAUUUGCAUGGGUGUAACCUUUGCAAUUUGAAUGUAAAUUAGUGACAGAAUCCAUUAAAAAAAUACAUAAUGACAAGAAAAAUAUACUUGUGUUACAAAUUUGAAGAAUAUUGACAUAAAACAAAUGCCUUAUUUAUUAGGUUUCAGCACCAUAAUCAUCAUCCAGUGGCAUAGUGGUGGGGGGGGGGGAACAGAGUCAAUAAUGAAUGUCCCCUAAUCAAACCGUUUUUUUUUUACUGUAUUAAAUGCCAUAAAAUCAUACAUACAUUGUGGGGCCCCCACCCCACCCCCACCCAGCCACCCAAAUAUAAAAUCCUGGCUAAGCCAGUGUCAGCAGCAGCAUAUGCAAACUAUUAACACGCUUUGUCAGAAUAGGAAGAAAUUUUUUCUGCUUAUUGUUCUACAUAAUGUUAAAUGUUAUUAUGUAUGUUUGGAGAGAACCAUAAUAAAAUAUAUAAUAAAUUAUUAUUUUAAAAUUAUGUACAUUAUACACUAGGAUUUUUAACCAUUUUUUCAUCUAUAUUAUGGAUGUAUAUAUUGCAUAUAUAUUGUGUUGUAUAAAAAAAAAGAAUAUUGAUUAAAUAUUAAAGUACAUGUACUCUUGAAAUGUCAUUUGUGACACAUUUUAAUAUGAAAUGUCAUUACAUGUAAUGAAAUUACAACUACAUAUUGUAAAAUAUACUCCAUGAAAAAAGUUCUUGUGCAUUAUUAAAAUCUCAGUGAUACUUAUAUUUUUAAAUAACUGAAAAUCAUUUGUUUGCAAUACAUGUAUUACAUGUAUGCAUCUGUUAAAAGUAUGGUGAUCCAGUCCUGUCUUCUGAUCCUAAAGAAUAGUCUACACCAUGAUUGGUGCACACCGUUGAUGACGAUAUAACAGGACUGCAUAUUGCUGAACGGUCGUGGUCGUAUUUUAUGAUCACGUAACCAGUUGCGUACAGUUCUCCCACUAAUUGAUCUUGACGAAAAGGGGAUGUUUUGAUUGUCAGACUUGUCGUAUACGAUUGAUGGCAGAUAUAGGCAUUUUGAAACGGUGGUUCCCUAUAUACAGAAGAUCUCUAGUAAUCCUGUUAAUAACAUUUUCACAGACACCAUAGUGGUUGUUAGUGGUGUUCAACAGCAUAGCCAGCAUGAGGCAGAUGAGGCGCUUGCCUCGUUUGGAAUUUCCCCAGAUUUAUUUUUAUUUUUCCCAUGACACUGAUAUUUAUUUUACAGUCUGGGUUUGCCUCGGCGUUUUUUCCUCUCUGGCUACGCCCCAGGUGUUCUAACAAACGCCAAUGAAUACCAAAACGUCUAGCAACAAUGUGUUGUGCCAUUCCAACUUCAAUCAUGCCAAUCGCUCGAAUAUGGUCAUUUUCUGAGGGUUGUGACAUCAUGUCGGAUACCAACAAAAGUUUUUCUAAAUGAUGAGAAGCCAUACAAUCAUUUGGUGGUCCAGUAAUUGGAAAAAAUUACAUCAAAUAGGAGCACAGGACUCGAAGUGUGCAUAAGGCAUGUUGUGCGUAUAAAGAGUGAAUAACGUGCAAUUGACAGAAUACCUUUGGAAUAUCAAAGCAGGGGUGGAAAUUCUCCUCUGAUCAGCUGUUUUCCUCUCAUGGAACAUUGCGUUUCCUUGUAUUUUAAUCGUCUUGUCGGAUGGCACAGAUUUUUAGCCUAGGAUUUCAAGAAUUUCCGGGACACCUCUAGAUUUCCUCAUUAUAGUUCACCAAUUCCCACCUCUGCAAAGGGAAUGGUACGUUAUGCAAUCAUUUUCAGAAAUUUUCUUGACCAGAUUUCAAGUACCGGUAAAUGCAGUUAUGUAUACAUUAAUUUAGUGCACAGGAACUUUUUUCCGUGAGUAAAUUUUUCAUUUUUAGUUGUCAUAAAUUCAAUACCAUUUAAGCAUAAUGAAUAAACUUUUUGAAAUUGA